CAACCAUUUACUCCCUCUUCUUCUGGUAGAUACCACUUUAAUAACAGCUUAAAUGUUCCUACUGUUGAUGACAACACACUUCACAUCCAAAAAUGGCAUCAAAACCGCUUCUUAAUUCCCAUCGAAACCAUCUACAUAACAACACAAACAACCAGAUAUCAUCGUCACCUUCAAUGCUAACAACACUUAACACCAUUUCAACUCAAAAAACACAUUCACCCGGACCAAACUAACUAAUGGGCCAUUGUUGCAGCAAAGGCACCGGAGAACAUAACACCAAACACCGCCGGAAACCACAGUCUACCGCUGCUCCGGCGGGUGUUUCAACUGGCACACCGGUGGGUGUUGGAAAUGAAACUCCGGUGGUGUCUUUCACCGGCAGUCCAUGGCAGAUCCGGUGGCCGGAGGGAAGUGGGACGCCGAGGAGGGUGUUUAAGUGGCCGUUCCCGCCGCCGUCGCCGGCGAAGCCGAUCAUGACGGCGGUGAGGAAACGGAUGGAGAUGAAGAAAGUGAAGGUGGAAGGUGAAGGUGAAGGGGAGGUAAUGUUGGAUAAAAGUUUUGGUUUUUUGAGGAAUUUUAAGGGGAAAUAUGAGUUGGGGAAAGAGAUUGGGAGAGGGCAUUUUGGGCAUACUUGUAGAGCUUUGUGUAAAAGGGGUGUGCUUAAGAACCAUUCUGUUGCUGUUAAACUUAUUCCAAAAUCUAAGAUGACAACGGCUAUAUCGAUCGAAGACGUACGUAGGGAAGUGAAGUUAUUAAAAAGCUUAUCUGAGCAUCAACAAAUGGUCCAGUUCUAUGAUGCAUUUGAAGAUGAUCAAUAUGUGUACAUAGUCAUGGAACUGUGUGAAGGAGGAGAGCUUCUUGAUCGAAUUUUAUCCAGGGGUGGAAGAUAUAAUGAAAACGACGCUAAAUCAAUUGUUAUUCAAAUGCUAAGUAUAGCUUCAUUUACUCAUCUUCAAGGAGUUGUGCAUCGUGAUUUAAAGCCCGAGAACUUUCUUUUUAGUACCAAAGACGAAGAUUCUUCAAUGAAGGUCAUAGAUUUCGGUUUGUCUGAUUUCGUUAGACCAGAUCAACGCCUAAACGAUAUUGUUGGCAGUGCAUACUAUGUUGCACCAGAAGUGCUACAUCGAUCAUAUAACGUAGAGGCUGAUAUGUGGAGUAUUGGUGUCAUAACUUACAUAUUAUUAUGUGGAAGCCGGCCUUUUUUCGCCAGAACAGAAUCGGGUAUUUUUCGUUCUGUGGUAAAAACCGAGCCAAAUCUCGAGGGGUCACCUUGGCCUUCAGUGUCUCCAGAAGCCAAAGAUUUUGUCAAAAGACUUCUUAAUAAGGAUCACAGGAAACGAAUGAGUGCUUCUCAAGCUUUGACUCACCCAUGGUUAAGAGAUAAAAACCCUGAUGUGCCGCUGGACAUUUUGGUCUACAAGUUGGUCAAGUCAUAUGUUCGAGCCACACCUUUAAGGCGUGCUGCACUCAAGGCUCUCUCAAAAGCUUUGACUGAGGAUGAACUGAUAUAUCUUAGCGCGCAGUUUAAUCUCUUGGAACCGAACGAUGGGUGUGUUUCUUUGGAAAAUUUCAAAACGGCUCUUGUGAAGCAUUCGACUGCCGCCAUGAAAGAGUCAAGAGUCUUUGAUAUCUUGGAUAAGAUGAAACCCCUAUCUUACACUCAAAUGACAUUCGAAGAGUUUUCAGCUGCUGCAAUCAGCCCACAUCAACUCGAGGCUCUUGAAGGAUGGGAAAAUAUAGCGAAUAGGGCUUUUCAAUACUUUGAACUUGAAGGAAACCGUGUCAUUUCUGUAGAUGCAUUAGCACAGGAAAUGAACGUGGGGGAAUCGGGCCACUCGAUACUAAAGGAUUGGAUAAGAGACAGCGACGGGAAACUCAAUUUUCUUGGAUAUACCAAGUUUUUGCACGGUUUAUCAAUUCGUAGUUCUAACACAAGGCAACAUCAAUAACACAUAUAAUGCCAUUGGAACCAUGGAAAGGCAGAGGUCAUUAUACAGGUGGUCAACGCUAGAGUUGACUUAUUAUUUCCAUUAUUGCAUAUCACUAUUUGUAGGAUUAUUGUUUUGGCUGUUGGUAAUGCCUAUAUAUCACCCGAAUAAGCUUUUCAAAAUAA